AUGCCGUUCGCGCAGCUCGUCAUAGGCCCACCCGGCUGUGGCAAGUCCACCUAUUGCGCCGGCAUGCACCAGUUCAUGUCGGCCAUAGGACGUAAAUCUCAAGUCGUAAACCUCGACCCCGCGAAUGAUGCAACGCCGUAUCCAUGCGCACUUGAUGUCCGGAAACUAGUCACUUUGGAUGAAGUUAUGGAUGAAAACGGACUUGGACCGAAUGGAGGGAUUGUCUAUGCUCUUGAGGAGUUGGAGGAGAAUGUGGAGUGGUUGGAGGAAGGGUUGAUGCAGUUUGGCCAGGAUUAUAUUCUCUUCGAUUGUCCUGGUCAAGUCGAGUUAUUCACACAUCAUAACUCUCUUCGGAAUAUAUUCACAAAACUCGAAAAGCUCGGAUAUCGCUUAGUAGUAAUCCACCUUCUCGACUCCCACCACCUCGCCUCCCCAUCCCAAUACAUUUCAAUCCUCCUAACCGCCCUCCGUUCCAUGCUCCUCCUAAACCUCCCGCACAUAAACGUCCUCUCCAAACUCGACCUUUUAAAAUCCCACGGUCCCUUAGACUUCAAUUUAGACUUCUACACCGAAGUACAAGAUCUAUCACACCUCCUACCAUUCCUAAGCAAAGAACAAGGAUCUCCCAAAUUCGAAAAAUUAAACGAAGCAAUCUGUGAAUUGGUAGAAGGGUUUGGAUUAGUUGGAUUCGAAACUUUGGCGGUGGAGGAUAAAGCUUCUAUGACGCAUUUAUUGCAGGUUAUUGAUAGAGCUGGCGGGUAUGCUUUUGGUGAGGCAGAAGGUGCAGGGGAUGGGAUUUGGACGGUGGCGAUGAGAGAGAAGUGGGGGGAGGCGGUGGGGGGUGUUGCUGAUGUACAGGAGAGGUGGGUGGAUGCUAGAGAGGAGUAUGAUCGAUUUGAGGUGGAGAGGGAGGAGAAGUUGGAGAAGGAACGGGAGAAGGAGUGGAGGAUGAAGAGGAGGGAGGAAGAAGAGGAUUUGGAGAGUAGUGAUGAGGAAGGGGGUUGA